AUGUCUGCCCAUGUGAGUUUGAGGGAUAGCAGUUCAUCGGAGGAGGACAGCCGACCCGAGCUGGAGAGGACGAUGGAUGACCGCAAAACUCAUGUGACAACACACCAUCAUCCCUUCAGUGUGGAGGCUAUAAUGUCGGGUAGAAAGAUUCACAGUGAGUUUACAAAACAACCCGACAAUGUCUCUGUGGUUACAUUUUCAAAGACUCAGAACUCUCCGUACCUGUGCAGAGAGACUUACAGCCCUCCCGCUGGAAUCCGAAAGCACUUUAUCCCACCGUCGCCCGUAAAGUCGGAGUCAUCCGAGCCGGACGACUGUGCUCCCUGGGUUAUGAGCCCAAGAUUCUCUGCACAAACUCGUAAGUAACUUUUGGACAAUUGAAAGUAAAAUGAAAUCUGUGGUUUUUAUGUAGGCUAAUUGGAACACAUUUGGAAGGUGUGCUUCUUACCUCACUAUUUCCCAUAAUCUAUUAUUUUAUAUUUACGGGAAAAAAAGUAAAAUAAUUAUCAUAUUGUAAAAUACAAAUCAAAUUAACAUAUAAUUUGUACGUGUGCUGCCUGUCUCGCAAUAGCCAAUUGUACGGCAGACAAAUGCAAUUGAUUUAACAGGGUGUAAACUAAAAGGCUUUUUGCAAGUAAUAACUUUGUCUAAAAACCCUUACCAUAAAGUAAGAGUCUUGAUAUUCAAUCUAUUAGACCAAUCUGUGAAAAAUAAGUAUUAGGAAAAUCAUUUGGAUAGGCCUGGGCCACAGAGACAUCUUUUCAAAGUUCUUUGAGUUAAUAAAAUGGCGUAUUGAUUUAACAGGGUGUAAACUAAAAGGCUUUUUGCAAGUAAUAACUUUGUCUAAAAACCCUUACCAUAAAGUAAGAGUCUUGAUAUUCAAUCUAUUAGAACUUAGACUCAACUUCAUCUUUAAUUUGAAAACAAUAUUCAACCAUUUCUAUUAUUUAUUUGGGAUAUUAAGAUGUAUUUAUAUCUAUCUUUUUGGCAUAUCAGGCAGGUCUUCAAACCCUUUAAUUGAGUUUGUUCAUGUGGUUUAUGUGUAAUUGUCAGCAUUGCUUAAAUCAACAAAUAAUAGUCCUCUCCUCCCUUGACAGGAGUAUGUGUAUCCAUUACAAUGUUUGACGUUUCCAUUUAACAAUAAACCACAACGAGCUGAGUAAGAAACAGUUGACUGGAUCAGAUAUUACAUCACUCUUCAAAAUCACUCUAUUUUAUGCAAAGAAAAUCUCAUAUGGUCCCCUGUUUCAUACUGGUCCCCUGUAGCUCAGUUGGUAGAGCAUGGCGCUUACAACAUCAGGGUUGUGGGUUUGUUUCCCACGAGGGGCCAGUAUGAAAAAUGUAUACACUCACUAACUGUAAGUCGCUCUGGAUAAGAGCGUCUGCUAAAUGACUAAAAUGUAAAAUGCAAUAUGGUCAAUUGACUUGUACAGCACUUAGGGGAAACUAGUAUGCCUAGGUUUCAAUUUCAGUUUAAAAUUGCUAUCGGCCCAACCAAUACCUUUGGGCACACACACAAUCAAUUUAUACUGUAUCUGUAACGUUGUUCAUUUUUAUAUCAGAAUGAUGUGAUAAUACUACAUUAAGUAUAGGUUUUCUAUCAGGAUCAGGACAAAGUACAUUUACUUUCUCACUCAAGUAGCUUAUCCAUGUGUUAAAUGAAAUGAGUAUUGGCUCUGAUCCUCUCUCUGUCUCGCUCUCUCUGUCUCUCUCCAGGGCAUGUAAGUCCUACCUGUCCUCUGCGGAAGCACAAGACCAACAGAAAGCCUCGUACUCCCUUCACCACCUCCCAGCUGCUGUCUCUGGAGCGUAAAUUCCGUCAGAAGCAGUACCUGUCUAUUGCCGAGCGGGCCGAGUUCUCCAGCUUUCUGACCCUGACUGAGACCCAGGUCAAGAUCUGGUUCCAGAACCGCCGGGCCAAGGCCAAGAGACUACAGGAGGCUGAGCUGGAGAAGUUCAAAAUGGCUGCCAAACCCGCGCUGCACCCAGGCUUUACAUUACCCAUGCCCCUGGGAGCCCAGCUCCACACAGCUGUCUCCCUCUACGGACAGUCCUACCCCUACCACCGGCCCAUGCUGCCCCUCUCACCGAUGGGGCUGUACGCUACACCGCUGGGCUACAGCAUGUAUCAUCUAUCAGGAUGA